AUGGGAGAUUCUUUCACGACUGAGGCGUUCACCCUUCUUGGCGUAGGAAUCGCCAUCAUCGCUUUGAGAAUCGUUGCACGCGCGACUACGGUGGGAUUCAAGCAUUUUCAGUUUGACGACUAUCUGAUGUGCGUCGCUGCUGUCAUAUACUCACUCGAGACAGCGGCAGCAUACAUUGUCGGCGCCUGGUGGUUUGGACUUGCGAACAAUGGCAUGACAGACGAACAACGCAGCACACUCGACCCCAAGUCCCACGAGUACUCUUUACGAGUCGGCGGAUCAAAGACGCAAUUGGUUGGCUGGAGUCUAUACACGCUGCUGUUAUGGACACUGAAAAUAUGCAUGUGCCACUUCUACUCGCGGCUGACAGCCGGACUCUAUCACCUUGAGCUGCGCGUGAAGAUCGGCUAUUUCAUUAUCGGUGCGACAUACAUCGCAACCGAGCUCUCGAUCCUGUUGGGUUGUCGACCAUUCAAGAGGAACUGGCAGAUACAUCCAAACCCAGGCAAUUUUUGUCAGCCAGCCAUAUCCAAAAUUGACCUCUACGUCACCGUCGUCCUCAAUGUUCUAACAGACCUCUACCUAAUGUUGAUCCCGAUGCCAAUGCUGUGGAAGGCCAGUCUCGAGAUCAAGCGAAAGCUGUCACUGAUCCUGGUCUUUGGAGGUGGUGUUUUCGUCAUGAUGGCCGGAAUACUGCGCUGCGUGUUGAUCAUCAAGGACCCGAUCCACGGCGCACAAGCUGCAGGGAGCUGGGCGGUUCGUGAAACAUUCGUCGCAGUGGUCAUCGGAAACGUACCAAUGAUCUACCCGCUCACACGCCGUGGUGUCGAGAAGGUGUACUCAAUGGCCGGUGCUUCGAGGUAUGGACGCAGUCAGCGCAGCAAUGGAUACCAGUGCCAGGGCGACUCACUGCCCCUCAAGUCCGGUCCCGCGCGUCGAGCAAAAAUUCGCAGCGUUCAUGCUCUGCCAACUACCUGGAAUGAUGAUCUGGCGAUAGAUGGAUGGGAAAGCGAGAGAUCAGGGGAGAUCAGCCGCGCAGGGUCGCACUCGAGGAAGACCAGCGCUGUCGAGACGCAAGAAGCCCUGGGACCGCUAGGAGGGAUCCAGGUGACACGAGAAACGAUCCUGCACACUGAGAUGAGGAAGGCGUGA